CUCAUAUCUGCACACAAAAUGAGCAAACUAUAUAUAUAUAUAUUGGAAAAUCUCAACCGCUAUAGUUGAUAUUGUAUAUGAAUUGGUUAUUUAAUAAAAUAACAUUAAAUGUUAUUUCAUAUCCAUGAUUCUAAUACUAACUGGUAUCCUGACCUGCUUUGUGUUUGUUUCCUUAUCCCUUCAUUUGUUCUUUCUUCAAACAGAUGGCAGCCUAUACACUGCCACUCCUGUCGAUCAUGUUUUCAUUUUGUUGCCCAUUUUUGAGGAAGCUAGAAUGAAGAAGAGGGAUGAUCUAGGGAAGUUCAGGCAAUUAGAUGAGAUAAUAUUCAUCAAUGACUAUCCUGGGUAUCAGCAUCUAAUGUCCAUUGCAGAGAACUGUAUAGGAGUAGUUUGUGAAAUCAAAGAAAUUGGAUCUUCCAACUUUUUUCGGCUGGAUGAUUCAAAGGUUUUAGCUUGGCUGUACUGCAAGGUGUUCCAAUUAAAAAAGGCUCUAUGCUCAUUGGACAAGAACUAUGCUGCUCAAGACGAGAAAUAUACAUUAGCUGAGGCGGUUUCAAUAUUAAAGGAGUACGUGAAGGAUGAGCCAUGGUUGAUGCUUCUGUUAGAUCAUUUGAAAUUAAAUUUACUCGAGGUAACUAGUAAAGUACCAGAAGCUAAAAAUUUUCCGACCAAUGCCGAACAUAAUCCAGUUUCUUCCAGUUUGGUACAGGAAAAGGGUAGGAGUGAAGAUAAAACAAAGAGAAGUGGAAAGCAAGCUAAAAAUGCUAAGGUGGAGAAGAAUCAAGGAACAUAAGAGAAAUGUUUAGCAGGGCUUGCAGGAAAAGCUAAACAGUAGUCUUUUAUUAAAAGAUUGAAAGGAGAGAAGAUAGUGGAUUCUGGUUUAUUUAGUUUUUGGUUGCGACAAAACUCCACCAGUCCUGACUAGUGUCUUGGCAUGUGAAUGCAUUAUCCCUGUACAACAGUGCAAUGGUAUUGAUUCAUGGCGUUCCUCUUGCU